AUGGCAACACCAACAGCAUCUGUAGCGAAUGAAACCGAUGAUCUGAUAUUUCUAGAAACACCGACAGCACAAGCAAUCUCCGGUGUUUUUGCUUGGCUUGGAAUGGUCAUUACAAUUUACCAGAUUUAUCAGCAUCUCCGAUAUUACAGUAAACCUGCUCAACAACGAUGGAUCGUCCGUAUCUUAUUUAUUGUUCCUAUCUAUGGCCUUUGCUCAUGGAUUAGCCUUUUAUUAAUAGCUGGCGAUUACUAUAUCUACUUUGAAAGUAUACGUGGCUGUUAUGAAGCGUUCCUUAUAUAUAACUUUCUGAGCUUGAAUUACGAAUAUCUCGGUGGUGAGCCUGCUAUUUUAGAUGAACUAAAUGGAAAGCCAGCAAGAUUUAGCUACUGGACGUUAACUUGUUGCUUGAAGAAUAAGAGCUAUUCCUUGCCUUAUUUUCGAUUUUGCAAACAGGCUACAUUGCAAUUCUGCAUUAUUAAGCCUCUCAUGUCAAUUCUCUCAGUUAUUUUGUAUAGCUUAGGAGUAUACCAUGAUGGAAACUUGAGCCCUACCGAAGCUUAUCUCUAUAUUACCGUUGUAUAUAAUAUAUCAGUUACUUUGGCAUUAUACGGAUUAUUAUUGUUCUACAUGGCCACAAGAGAAUUAUUAAAGCCUUAUCACCCAGUUUUAAAGUUUAUCAUAAUAAAAUCUUUACUGCUGUUUUACUUUUGGCAAGGUGUUUUAUUAGCGGUAUUAGAAAAAACCAACGUGAUUAAAAAAUCUCAUUCAAUCUCUGCUGGUGUCAUUGCUUCUGGUUAUCAAGAUUUCUUGCUUUGUGUAGAAAUAUUUUUCCUAGCUGUCGCUCUAUUCUUUGCAUUCCCGUAUAAUGUAUACAGGGAGGAUUAUCAGGAUGAAUUUAAUCAAGCUUUUCGGUUAAGGACAGUAACAACAAAUCUCGGUGAAACAAUAAACCCGAAAGAUAUCUUCACAGAUGCGCUACAUAAUUUUUCACCAUCGUAUCAGAAUUACGUCCAAUAUCGAAGCGAAAACGGUCGCUCGAAUAAAUUAUCUGAUCAUCCUAAAGAUAAAAGGAAUCAAAACUCAGAUAGAGUAAAGUUGUUAGGAUCUGAUGAUGAGGGUUAA